UGAGGGCUGGCAGUGGGCACGGGCGGAGUGGAGCCGUCCUGAGUGGCGCAAGAGCUGCUGCAGCCCCUCUGAGCUCUCCCCACAUGCCCAGGGGUGGCCCUGGCACCUUGGGAGAUGAAUGAAAAUGCAGCACACCACGUGCACGGAGGACAGGAUCCACCACGCGCUGGAGAGGUGUCUGCACGGGCUGGGCAGGGACGCUGCGUCCAGCAGAUGGGCUGCCGGGCUGUGCCUGAACUGCUGGAGCCUGCAGGAGCUGGUGAGCCGGGACGCCGGUAACUACCUCAUCCUGGUGGAGAAGAUCCUGGGCAAGACCAAGGAGGUGCAGGACAAGUGUGACUACGACCUGGUGACGCCCCUGGCCCUGCUCUUCUACUCGGCCGUGCUCUGUGCCCCUCACUUCCCACCCGGCUCUGACCUGCUCCUGAGAGCUGCCAGUGUCUACCACAGCUUCCUGACGUGGCCCGUGCCCUACUGUGACACCUUCCGGGAGCUGCUCACCUUCAUCAGCAACGAGCUCAAGGCGCCAGGAAUCACCUUCCAGAGGCUGGUGAGGACGGAGCAGGGGCUGCCUGUGAGGAACUGCCAGAGCUCCACGGUGACGGUGCUGCUGCUGAACCGCUCGGAGGUGCAGAGCGAGUUCCUGUCCAUCGCCCGCAGGCUGAGCUCCAGCGAGCCCCCGCGCCGCUCCACGCUGCUGCUGCUCCUCCAGCACCUCUACCAGGCCACCUUCGGCACCCGCUGCGACCUGGAGGGGCUGCACCAGCUGCUCAAGGCCAAGCCCCUGGAGGAGCUCUCGGAGCUCUACGCCAGCGCUGCCGAGGCGCAGGAGGCGGCGGCCGCCAGCCCCGACCCCGCGCUGGCCCGGGAGCGGCUCCAGGACGCGCUGCGCGACAUCGCCGGUGCCGCCGCCUUCCCGGCCAUCGCAGGCGAGGCCCAGCCCCGCAAGCUGCACCCCUUCCCCAUCCCCCCCGCUCGCUGCUACACCUACAGCUGGGACCAGGACAACUUCGACAUCCUCAACGAUGUCCUCAGCAAGGAGUGCAGCAUCGCUGAGCCCCUGGCCUCAGAGAACGAGGAGGAGGAUGAGGAUGAGGAGGAGGAUGAGGAGGAGGAGGAUGUGGAGCCGGACGGCGGCUCCCCCGAGCAGGACUCGCUGCUGGCCCCGCUCUCUGCCAUCUCCAGUGACUCUGUGUGCUCCGCGCUGUCCGAGGAGGGCUCCAGGCCCCCGCGGCUGUCCCUCCUCGCCUCCUCCAAGGAGUCCAUCUCGGAGCUGACGGCGGUCUCCAGGAAGUCCCUGAAGUCCUUCGUGUCCAGCCUGAAGGACUGCAUGGACAGCGGCUACGCCGAGGACAGCGACGAGAGCCCGCUGGACACGGCGGGCAGGCCGGACGGGCCGGCCAAGCAGCGGCAGUCGCUGACCGACCGGCUGUACCGCCUGCUGCGGAGCACGGGCCGGCAGCUGGGGCGGCACCGGGACCGGCCGGGGCCGCGCUCGCCGCCGCUGCGGCGCGCCGAGAGCCUGUGCGCGCCCCCGGCGCCGCCGCGCGUGCCCGCGCGCUCCCGCCGCGCGCUCUCGCUGCCGCAGCACGGCCCGGCCCAGCGCUGGCCCGGCCCGCUCGCCCCGCGGGCACCGGGGCUGCCCCGGCGGCCGCUGCCCGGCGGCGGCGGGGAGGCGGCGGGCACGCUGCGCGUGGUGGUGUUCGGCUCGGACCGCAUCUCGGGCAAGCUGGCCCGCGCCUACAGCCGCCUCAGGCUGAAGGAGAGCUCCUGCCCCUCGCUGACGCGCUACUUCAGGCUGCAGUUCUUCUACGUGCCCGUGAAGAGGAGCGGCGCGGCCCCUUGCGCCCCGCAGAGCCAUCAGCAUCACCCCGCGCCGUCCCCGGGGGAGCCCCCGGCCCGGCCGCAGGACCCCUCCCCGGCGGGGAUGGAGAGCAGCACCAAUGACAUCUCCCGCUACAUCGGCCUGCUGGACCCCUGGUACGAGCGCAACGUGCUGGGGCUGCUGAACCUGCCCAUGGGCGUCCUGUGCCAGUGUGCCAAGUCCGAGGCUGAGCCCCAGGAGGACUCCCGGGAGCAGCUGCCCAUCCUGGCGGACAUGAUCCUCUACUACUGCCGCUUCGCCACGCGCCCCGUGCCGCUGCAGCUCUACCACACCGAGCUCACCUUCAUCGGGGGGGAGAAGAGGACCGAGGUCUUCAUCCACUCCCUGGAGCUGGGGCACUCAGCAGCCACCAGGGCCAUCAAGGCCUCAGGCCCAGGCAGCAAAAGGCUGGGAAUCGAUGGAGACAGGGAAGCAAUCCCACUGACACUACAGAUUGCAUACAGCAAGACGGCUGCCAGCGGCAGGAGCCACUGGAAUGACGUGGAGAAGGUCUGCACGUCCGUCAGGCUCAGCAAGGCCUGCAGGAGGCACGAGGAGCUCGCCGCCAAGACAGAAUGUCUCAACCUAACCAUGACCGAGGUGGUCAAGAGGCAGAACUCCAAAUCCAAGAAAAGUUUCAAUCAGCAGAUCAGCGUGUCCCAGAUCAAAGUGGACAAGGCCCAGAUCAUCGGGGUUCAGUCCUCCUUCGCCGUGUGCCUGGACCAGGACGAGCAGAAGAUCCUGCAGAGUGUGACCAGGUGUGAGAUCUCCGUGUGCUACAAGCCCAGGGACUGUGACCCCCUGGCACCGAGGGGCUCCCCUGUGGCUCCCCAGGACCCCUCCGAGUUCCAGUCCCUGCUGUGUUUGCCCAUUGCCACCUUCAGUGGGGCCCUGCCCUAGAGGAGCCGUGUCCCUGCAGAGCAGGCGCCUUCCCACGCCAGCCCAGGCUCAGGAGAAGGAACAGGACCCCCAGCCCUGCUUGUCCAGGAGCUCCUGCAGCUGCAGGGUCGCUGUGGUGCCGCUGUGGGGCUGAGCUGCUCCUGCCCCGGGCUCAGCCCCUCCUCGGGAGCGGGGUCGGUGUGCUCCGGUGUCGGGGGGUUCCUCAGCGAGGGGAGACGGCGAUUCCUGGACACCUCCUGGGGAUCAGCAGAUGCCAAGAGCUGGUGGGAGGGCAGGGCAAGGACGGGGAUAUUCCCUGCCAGAAAACAGUGCCCGUGGGGUGUGGGGAAGGGUGAGCUCGUGGGGACACUCAGGAAGAGGAAUGUCCGUGCCUCAGCGCUGUCAGUGCAUGACAAUGGCAGAUCCCAUUGUGCUGCUGAAACACCAGCCCACGUCCUGGUGGAAUUCCACCUGUGGCAGGUCGAGGAUGCUCAGGACAGGUUUUUUGGGAUGGGGACAGGUUUCUCCAGGUUUCCCUUCCCUCCUGGAGGUCGGGUGCCCUGCAGGGAAGCUGUGUCCCAGGAGCUGAGUGCAGCAGGGCACCCCAGGGCAAGGACAGGCUGGUGGAUCCGUGUAUUUCCUGUGCACCCAGGAGAGGAAUUCCCAGUUCCUGCAGGAUUCCAGCACGGAGCUGUGCUCCCAGUCCGGCCCCUGCUCGUGCAUCCUGCUCCCAGCACCGUGUGCCAGAGCCAGCCCAGGGCUGGACCCUCAGGAGCUGCUGGAAAUCCAUCAGGAGCUGUGCAGGACUCCCAGCAGGGAGGGAAGUGCUGGGGAAAGCACCGGGAUUGCCUCAGGGCCACCUGCAGAGUGACAUUGGCUGGAGAGGGACCCGGCUCCAACCCCACCGAGUGACGCCUGCAGUGACAGCAGGAUUUGAGAUCUCCCCCCACAAACAUCCCAACCUCUUCCCCCUCUGCAAGGCUGUAGGUACAGAAAGGUGCAAUAUUUGAGGAUACUUAGGGGUAAUCUGACCCUAUGAGCAAAGAAACAGGACUGGAAAAGCCUGGGGCUGUUUCUGGGUGGUUUUUGGGGAUUGUAGUGGUGCUGGCAGCACAGGAGCUCGCUGGCUGCUGCAGGAGCUUGAUCCCAGUGCUCUGUGUUCCCUGGAUGUGUCUGGAAGGGACCCCUGGCCCUGCUGGGGGCUGCAGGGCUCAGCCACAGUGGGGUCAGUCCAGGGCUCCUUGAUCCUGCAGGAAGCAGGACUGGUGAGCUCCUGGCGCUGUCCCCAAGCCUGGUGGCACGACAGCGGUGUCACUUGAGGUCCAGCCUGCCAGGGAAGGGGCCAGAGCUCCUGGGGGUGCAGGUGCCUCAGCAGGGACCCUGGCACUGCCUGGGCAGGGACCUGGGCAGGGACCUGGCACUGCCUGUCCUGGGCAGGACCCUGGCACUGCCCAGCCCUGCCAGGCCGUCCCUCCUCAGGGGUGCCUGGCACUCCUCUCCAGGGCUGCUUUAAGCCCAGCAGGCUCAGGGGAUCAGAAUCCGGGUGCAGGGGCUCCUUGCAGGGACUCUGAAAAGGUUUUUUCUCUCUGACCUUCCUUCCCCCCGCUGCUCUGUGCUGGGCUCUCUCAGCGGGGCUGGAAUUUGGCAGGAGUUGUUCUUGUUCAGGGUUUAAGCCAGCACCUUGUCCUGCCAAACGCUGCUCUUUGGGAUCUUGGGCUCCGUGGCCAAACCCAUGCCAGGACAGAAAUCCCUCAGGGUUCAGCUGGCCCUGCAGCAGUCCUGGAGAGGAGAAUUUCCAUCAGGCACAAACUCCAGGGACUCGGAAUCCUGGCGAAGGUUCUGACCUCUGAUGCUCUCUGGAAAUGAGAGAAUUCCAGGGUUCUUUGGGGUGGUUUUUGUACAUUUGUGUAGCCUCAGCGAAUCUGUGUAAAGUCUGUUCUGAUCUGUAAAAUACUGUGCAGAGAACUUUUAAAGUAAUUGUAAAAUAUUAAAAGUUGAUUUAUUUCCAGUA